CUCACUGCACUUUAACCUUUGAAAGUGGGCGUUGUCACACUUGGAACUUGGGGAGGCCGGCCGGGAUGGAUGGCAAGUCACAAAAAGGCAGCUAUCCCAAGAGACUGGUGGCAUCCAGCUAUCUCCUGGAGCUUGUCCCUGAUGUGCAGCAAACUGUGGAGAGUAUUCGGUCUCGUGUGCACUUAGAAGGCCUCUCGUCUCAGUACCAGCUGUCCUCUAGACCCGAGGAAAGCGGCCUUGGAAGCAGACAAGACUUGGCUCCUGUGACACAGUCACUGCAUUGGGGAGGAAGGGACUCCAUACGAGACAAAGAAGAUCCAACUCAGCGAUUCUCACCAGCCGUCAUGACAAAAUCUCGUCUCUCCCGUUCCAAGAAACGGCCUGCUCCUGAGUUCACCCAUGAUGUUGCCAUGCCCAUUAAAGAUAAUGUGAUUUUUGACGAGUCCCCCGUUGCCCCAGGGGUGCCGGUGGUAUACCGACUACCAGAGGAGAGAACCGCUAACCCAGACCGGUUGAAUCUAGACAGACGACACCUGACAGUAUGUCCAAUAUUGGAGGGAGAAGACAAACUGAGACUGCUAAAUCUUCAGCACAAUGCUAUUACUAGGCUGCAGAAUUUAUCUAAUCUCAGACGGCUAGUAUUUUUGGACUUGUAUGACAAUUUGAUUCACGAGAUCUCUGGACUGGAGGGUCUGCUGUCACUGAGGGUACUUAUGUUAGGCAAGAACAGGAUUCGUAAGAUCUCAGGGCUGCAAACGCUUAUGAAGUUGGAUGUUCUCGACCUGCAUGGAAACAUGAUUCGAUAUAUCGAGUGUCUGAACCACCUCACUCAUCUGCGAGUGCUCAACCUAGCAGGGAAUGACAUCACCUGUGUCUCCAGCCUGGCCGGAUUGCAGGUACUGGCUGAGCUCAACUUGAGGAGGAACAGGAUCACACAUGUGUAUGAGAUCGAUGAGCUACUCAAUCUGCAGAGGCUCUUUCUCAGUCACAACCUCAUUCAAAGUUUUGACGAUGUGAGUUGUCUGAGUGGGUGUGACAGUUUGUCUGAAUUGACACUGGAUGGGAACCCUCUGGCCAACGCCCCCGACCACCGACCAUCAGCCAUCUUCCAUGUCAGCCACUUGAGAGUCCUCGACCAAACACCUGUCACGGAGGAGGAGAGAGAUGAUGCAUUGGCUGCGGCUCGAGAGGAAGAGGAGAGACUAAAGGAAGGGAAGAAGUUGGCCCAGCGACAAGAGCACAAGGAAGCAGCCGUAUCUGCCAUCAGAAGAGCCUGGCAGAGCUCACACAAGCUACCCAUGUCUAGUUCUCUAGCACUCUCAGCGAGCACUCACAACUUUGCUGGUCGAGUAGACUUGCUUAAACAGUCUCGAGCCAGCCUUCAUCGAUCCUCAUCUCUCCCACAACUCCUUCCCACCUAUUUUGUGGAUCUAGACAGUUCUUGUUUAUACUUGUAUGGUGAAGGGGCGCUGGAGAGUCUGCAGGACACUGGUGGACACACCCACUCUCAGUCUGUGGACGAGAUACAGUUCCACUACAUUGAGUUUGAGGAGUUGGCGCCCUUCCUUGCUAAAGUAUCAAGAAACUACCCUCUUGUCAGAUCAUUGACACUGGAGUGCACCAACUUGUGUAGUCUAGAGCAACUCAAUGCACUUUCCCUCCUCACCACACCCCUACACACCCUCACUGUCACCACCCACGGCAACCCAAUCACUGGCCACCCCCUCUUCCGAUCCUACCUUCUCUAUCGGCUGACACACUUGGGCCUAACGUGUGUGUGUGGGGAGGGGGUGGGAGACGCAGAGCUUGUACUGGCCGAGCAGUUAUUCGGUAACCUGGGUCAGCUGACAACAUCACAACUGUCGCAAGAUAGACUCCUGGGACUUAUCAGCAAGCACAGACCUACGCCAUCGAAGAAAGUCCCUCUAACCUCUAGAACUGCCAAGAGGGGCACUGUACUCCCUGUGUGUCAGGAGCCGUUAAAUCGAGUAGCCCUCCACAACCACUCCCAUCUGCCACACCUAGCAGACACGGCACAUCAAGAAAGACGAUUGGCUGCUCAGAACUUUUGCUCGUCACUUCUUUCCUCCACCUUACAGGCUCACCAGAAGCUGGAGAAUUUCGAGCGUCUUUGGCCAAGUGUGAUGAGGGGAUUGGUACAGAGGGUACUGAGGGAGUUUGGGAACAUUGACCAAGAAAUGAGAACUUUGUUGGAACAGUUGUGAUAGCUAAAAAUGAUUAUUUUGUUUUUUCAAUUUGAAUUGGUUUCUGUUCUAUUCAAUGCACUGUAUAUUUUUGAUGAGAUGUACUUAUAACAAGG